AUGCCGUUGUCGCAAUUGUCGGACAACGUCGCGAUUGACAUGCGUGAUGGUCACACGACACAGCAGCCGUCGCUAGUGUCGGUGGAUCUGAGCAAACUGCACACGUCGGCACUUAAGAGAUACCGCCGGCACUUUAAACUGGCGGAAGUUGGGCCCAACUCGUCCAAGGAGCAGCUCCUGUCGGCCGUCGGACGGCACUUCAUGUCGCAGCAAUUGGACGAGCUUCAGGUGCUCGCAGGCUUCUUGCAGGCGGCCAAGCGGCUCAAAGUGGCGCACUGA